ACAUAUUAUUAUUAAUAUUUUUAUUGUUUGUUUUUGCUACCAAUAUAACAAGUGUUGGACGCUAUAAAAAUACCACAAUUUAGUUGAAAAUAUUUUAGUGUUUUUAAAUCUUUACAAAGGAGCAGUUGUGAAAGUGAAAUUGUCAGCAAAAUAACAAUGAUAGCUUCCAGUAUAUUAAUCUUCAUUACUUGCAUACUCGCUGUAGUGUAUUAUUGGUGCAAACACACCUUCAGCUAUUGGCAACGCAAGGGUAUACCCUAUAUAAAACCCACACCCAUAAUUGGCAACACCAAAGAAGCUUUUCAACUGAAAACCAGCUUUGGUCUACAUCUCUCGGACAUCUAUAAUGAUCCGAAGAUGGCCGAUGAAGCUGUUGUGGGUAUUUAUACCUUCAAUCAGCCGGGCUUGAUUGUUCGUGAGCCGGAACUUUUAAAAUCCAUAUUAAUUAAGGAUUUCCAUUAUUUCAAUAAUCGUUUUUCGAAAUGUGAUCCGCAUGGCGAUGCCUUGGGUAAUAGUAAUUUGUUUUUUGCACGCGACAGCUAUUGGAAGGAUUUGAGAACGAAGAUAUCGCCAGUGUUUACGAGCGGCAAGAUAAAGCAAAUGUAUCCGUUAAUGUUGGAGGUCACCGCCCAACUGGAACAACAUUUGGCCAAAAAAGGUGAACGCUUCGAAAGCGAAGUCAAGGACGUAUGUGCCCUCUUCACCACCGAUCUUAUAGCCACCAUUGCAUUCGGCAUCAAUGCCAACAGUCUCAAGAAUCCAGAUGGCGAAUUUCGUACACAUUGUCGAAAAAUCUUUGACUUUAAUAUAUCGCGUGCUCUUGAAUUUUCGAUUGCCUUCUUUUUGCCCAAAUUAGUGACACUCUUCCGUGUUAAAUUGUUUACACCAGAUUUUUCGAAUUUUCUGCGAUCUACCAUUGGCUAUGUGAUGAAGGAACGCGAAAGUAGCGGUAAACAGCGUAAUGAUUUGAUCGAUAUUUUAGUGGCACUCAAACGUGAAGUGGCAGCGGGAAAUAUUAAUGAGGCCAUAGCAAAAAAUCCAGAUGUGCUGGUGGCUCAAGCAGCGGUAUUUUUAACAGCUGGCUUUGAGACUUCCUCCUCAACCAUGACAUUUACCCUGUUCGAAUUGGCUAAACGCCCCGACCUGCAAGAGAGAUUAAGAAAGGAAAUCAAUGAGGCCUUGAUUAAGGAAAAGGGUUCGUUGACGUAUGAAACCAUAACCACAUUAGAGUAUUUGAAUAUGGUGGUGGAGGAGGUGUUGCGUUUAUAUCCAGUGCUGCCGUUUUUAGAUCGUCAACAUAAUACGCCCGCAACAGAGAAACAAGGUUUUAGUUUGAAACCUUAUUACAAUUAUACACUGCCCGAUGAUAUGCCCAUAUAUAUACCCAUUUUUGGCAUACAAAGAGAUCCUAAGCACUGGCCUAAUCCCAACACAUUUGACCCGGAAAGAUUUUCUCAGGAAAACAAAAAACAACACAACUCCAUGACCUAUAUGCCCUUUGGAAUUGGUCCACACAACUGUAUUGGCAGUCGUAUAGGUUUAUUACAAACUAAACUGGGUCUUGUGCAUAUUCUCAAAAACCACAAGGUGGAACUUUGUAAUAAAUCGCCAACGAAUUCUACAUUUGAUCCGAAAGCCUUUUUGUUACAAUAUGAAUAUGGCAUGCCUUUAAAUGUGAUACGAGACAAUCUCUAUGAUAAUAGUAUUUACUUUUCAAUGUUUGAUGUUAAUAUUAUCAUCUCCAUAACCCUAACAUUAGCCAUCAUAUAUUUAACCAAUAAAUAUUUAUACUCAUAUUGGCGGAGACGUAAUAUACCGUUUGUUAAACCCUUGCCCAUAUUUGGCAAUCUACUGGAUCUUUUAUUAUUAAAACAAUCAUUUGGAGAACUAUUUCAGCAAUUGUAUGAAAAUCCUAACCUACAACACAGUGAUUAUGGCGGUAUAUAUUUACUACAUCAGCCGGCUCUCAUAAUACGCGAGCCAGAGUUGAUUAAAAAAGUACUCAUCAAGGAUUUCGAUAUGUUUUUAAAUCGUUUUGAGGCUGCUGACAACAAAUACGAUCACAUGGGUUCAUUAACCCUGCCACUCUCAAAGUAUAGCAUCUGGCGUACUUGUAGGAAAAAGAUGGCUGAGGUAUUUACAUCAGGAAGAAUUAAGCAGCGAAUGUAUCCUUUAAUGCUGGACAUUGCUAAGGAAUUGGAAGGUUAUAUCUUAAGACAAUUUGCUAACAAUUUGAAUGAUAGUUCUGACAUUGAUUUGGAAGUUAAGGAAAUGUGUUCUUUAUUCACCACAGAUCUCACCUCAAUAUUACACUAUGGUGUGGAUGUUAAAGGUUUAAAAUUUGGACAUUCCUCACUGAGACAACAAACCAAAGAACUAUUUAAGGCUAAUUUUAAAAAAGUUUUGGACUUUUUAAUCAUAUUCUUUUUACCUCAUCUAACGACUGUAUUGAGAGCCAAAGUCUUUAGCCCAACUUAUUCUAAAUUUAUGCGUAAAUUUACCUUAGAUAGUUUAAAGCAAAGACAACGCUCAUCUUUUCUUAUACAAGGAGAUUUAUUGGAUGUUUUAGAGAAAUUUCAAAAAACUGAUGCAGAAACUCAUUGUUAUACCCAGCAUCCAGAUUUUAUAUCUUCUCAGGUGGCCAUUUUUCUAUUGGCUGGUUUUGAAACUUCUUCCUCAGUUAUGGGUUUUAUUUUAUAUGAGCUAACCAAAUAUCCUAAGAUUCAACAACGAUUGCGUGAGGAAUUAAAGCAGGCGUUUAAACAGGACGCUUUUUUGUCCUAUGAAAAGCUGCAGGCAUUAAAUUAUCUCCACGGGGUGGUAUGUGAGGGCCUACGCUUGUAUCCUGCUGCUGCCUUUAUUAAUAGAGAAUGCACUCCAGGAAAGGUUAUGCCGGAAGGAUUUUAUUUGCAACCAGAUUUGUUUGUGCCCAAAGGUAUGCCGUUAUAUGUUUCUAUACUUGGUCUACAUAGAGAUCCGAAGCAUUGGCCUGAACCCAAUAUUUUUCGACCAGAACGUUUUGCACCACAUAAUUUGCCAAAUAUAAAUCCCAUGACUUAUUUACCCUUUGGAGCCGGACCACAUGGUUGUAUUGGAAGUCGCUUAGGCUUGCUGCAAGUAAAACUGGGCUUGGCUCACAUACUUAAACUGUGCCAGGUGCAACAGUGUUUAAAAACUCCAAGUGAAAUAAAAUUUGAUCCAAAAUCAUUUAUGCUGCAGGCUAAAGGUGGAAUUUAUCUGAAAUUUAUCAAAGAUCAACAUGGCUAA